UAAUGAUCGAAUUAAUUGUAAUCGUAAAAGAAAUCGAGACUAAUUGUUUGUUGUCUGCUGAAGUUGAACUUUCUGCAUUUGUAAAUAUUUCUUCGGAUGCUCUAUUAAAGUUCUGUAAAUGUAUUUUUUUUUACGCUGAAGUAUAGAAUUCUACACAGAAAAAGGGAUUAAAAUAUACCUUACCACUAUGGCUAUAGGAGCGACUGGUAUUCAGUGGUUAGAUUUACUCGAAUCAGAGUUUGAUAAAUCAUUUGUUGAUUUAGAUAUGCUGAUUGGCGAGGUUGACGAAGAUCAAGGGGAUAUAGUUUAUGCAGCUCGACAAAAACUAACUGCUCUUAGUACAGCUUUCGCGCAAUUAACUCAUAAAUGCCAAGUUGUAUUUGAAAACAGCAUUAAAAUUGAGAAAGAAUUAUCCAGAAUACGGAGAGAGUUAUGCGAAGCUGAAGCUUCAAAAUUAUCACUCCAAAAAGAAUUGCAGCAUUUAUUACUUCAGCUACACUCCGCACAGCUACAAGUCACAGCCCAGACGGGACAUGCAGAAGAUUCUGAAGCUAUAAUGCAAAAAUUGGAAUCAGAAAUGGAGUCUUACCGUACUAAAGUGUAUAAAGAAUCUCUAACAGAAUCUCAUAUUGAACAACUUAAAAACGAAAAUGAAAUCGUCAAGCUUUGCAAUGUUGCUCUGCAGAGUGAAUUGUUUGGAUCAAGAUUAGCUGCAAAAUAUCUAGAAAAAGAACUAGCUGGAAGAAUCCAACAAAUUCAACUACUGGGCAAAGACUUAAAGUCUGAAGACCACAACAGACUAUGGGAACAAUUAGAAGCUGAGAUACACCUUCAUCGUCACAAAACAGUCAUCAGAGCCUGUCAGGCUCAGAGAGGAUUUGGAUGUCUUUCUCCGCCUGCCCAUGAUUUUAACUCAUUAAGGAAAUCACAAGGAGUUGGAGAGAUCAGACUCAUAACUUUAGAAAAGGGGGAAAAUGAAGGUUUAGGUAUAUCAAUCACUGGUGGAAAAGAACAUGCGGUACCUAUUGUGAUAUCUGAAAUUCAUCCUAACAUGCCUGCCUGGAGGAAUGGUCAAUUGUUUGUCGGAGAUGCAAUUCUUUCAGUCAAUGGAAUUGAUCUAACUGACAAGAGGCACAACGAAGCAGCACAAAUUCUUUCCAACCAACAUGGAAAAAUUACUCUUGAAGUCAUAUUUGUCGCCCCUGACGAAGAAUGGGGCAACGAUGAAAACAACCCAACAUAUGAGUGUCCAUUCUUUGAUUGUCACACCACCCAACAUCUUUCGUUGUACGCAAAGAAGCAGCAGAUGGUCGACAAGGCUGUCUCUGCAUCUUCCUUGUGUGACCCAUCCUCUGACAUCAAUCAAAAUGAUGAGUCCUCCAAUAAGGAAAAUGUUUCUUUAGAGGAGCCUACAUAUCAAAACUCAGAAAGUUCAAAUUAUUUGCACAAAGAAAAUGUUGUUGAUAUCAUAGUUCCUGAUAGAAAAAUUUUGAACAAUGUUUGGCGGUCUUUGAUGUCGGAGAAAGAAAAGAUAAGAUGCUCAGAUGAAGAAUGAUGAUCCUGAAAACAAAUUAUUGUACAUAAGAUUUACUGGACUUUUUAGUGGAUAAUUUGUCCUUUUUACUAAGAACAAAAUAUUGCAUUUUCUUGUAAUAAUAUUCAGAGAGACUAUAAAUUAGUGACUGGGUUUCUUGUUGAUUAAAGUACACAGGAGAAAAGAUCAAAUACAUAAUGUACAUUGCAAGAAAGUAAAUUUUUAAAAACAUAAAAUGAAUGAAGAAAUUUUUUUACUCUAAAUUCAAAAUGUAACUUUUUCAACUGGCAGAUUUAUGUUAAGUAGGUGUAAUAAAAAUUAAAACACUAUG